AUGGGAGCCCUGAAGAAAAUGACACGUUGUGGUAGCAUAAGUACCUUAUUUGCUGUGCUAAUAGUGCUGUUCGGCGUCAGCUCGUCGGCUUUAACCACUUUUGGAAAGACAAAUACAAAUCAACAGGCACCACCGCCAACGCGGCCUCCAGUGAAGGCAAAGGAGUGUACCAGUCACGCGGAUUGCACGGCGAUACAGAACACGAGCUGUGUUAUGGCUGCAGAUGAUCGCAUGCGAUGCCUCUGUGGAGACUUCGAGGCGCCUGACAACGGCUAUUGCCAGGCCAAAUUCAAAGGUCUACGGCACCUCUGUGCGGACACCAUGCAGUGUGACAUCGGUAUGAUAUGUGCAGUGGAAAACGUAACCAAAACUACGACACUGGUCACCAGCAAAACGUUCAUGACGAGCAACAUGUUGAACAACAAUAACAGUAGCUUCAAACUUUGUCUAUGCGAUAAAGAACUAGGAUACUUCGAAGAUAAGCACGAUGUUCGCCACUGCAACGGUGCCAUAUCCUUGCUCAUUUCUGGACCUUUACUACCAGCGGUGCUGCUCGUAAUAAUUUCUUCGCUGUUCAGAAAAGCGCUCAACAACUGUGACGAAUGCAUGUAA